GGUAUCGUGGUGUUUAGUAGGAACUUGGGUAUUAGUAACAUAAUCAUUAUGUGGUAACAAAGUUGAACGCUAAACAAUUACUGUCUGCUAUAUGCUGAUUUAGCAUUUUCACAGAUGACUAUGAGUCCAACCAGGGUUUGAUGCAAGAGUUCAUAUCCAGAUGGCUUCCUAGACUAUUAUUUUAAGGAGAAUGGCCCUACUGAGAGUACUUGAAGGUGUAUGUGAAUUAUAUGAAAACUUUCAAAAUGAUGCAACCAAUAAGACACCAGUUCCCAGUAGCUUACAACCUCGAGUAAACAUUAAACGUCUUACUUCUGCAGACUUAGCCAGGAUCUCAAAGAAGCCUGUUACAAAAAAUACAAGAGAUUUUGAUUCUUUGUCCUUAUUUGAGGAGGAUGGGGGCUUUCCAUUCCUUGGCUUUGGUAAAUACGGUGAGCCAACAGUCCAGUUUCCAACAUUGACAAGGUCUUUGAGUAAGGGAUUUCAAGAUUCUUCCAAGAAAAAUCAAAAUUUUUUACCAAAAAUAAAUAUAAAUGGACACACCAAGAAAAGAAUAGUCAUAAAGUGUCAAAACAUCUUAGAUACAAGGAAAUCUGUUGGCUCAUCUGGUAAAACACCUCAUGUGCAAAAAGAGUCUGUGUCUAUAAACACAAGUAGUCUCUCAAGUGUUGCGACUGGGGAUUCUAUGAAAACAAACAAUCAGACUGUAGGAAAUCAGUUCAUAGAAUUAAAUAUGACAGAGCAGAUACCAAUUAAGAAGGAAAUUAAUGAAAAGUACUUUGAUGACCAUGACAUUACCAUAGAAACUGAAGACUUUGAUUAUGCAUGUAGUGUAAAUGACAGAAUUUUAAGUCCCCCGUCUCAAGAACUGCACUGUAGCACUGGCACAAAUCAUGUUGCGUUUUCAGAAAAUGUAGUUAAUGAGAGUUGUGGUUUAUCCUCGGUAAACAGGGAGAGUUUUGUGUUUCAAGAGUGUUCAGAUCAGGCCAAUGGUUUAAGUAGACCAAACAAGCUAACAGAGCUAACUACUUUGUUGCUUGAACUGAACAACAAAAAUAAAAACAUUGACCAAAAGUUAGCAAGGUUAAAACGAACAUAUGAGGCUAAAGUUUCCAAGGUUCAGCAAGAGAAGACAGCCAAUGAGAACAAAAUUCAAGAAACUUUAGAGAAAAUUCAGAGGUGGCAAGAAAAAUUGGAAACAUGCAUCGAUGCAUCUGUCCCUGAGGAUGAAAUUACGACAGGAACAUCCACUCUUACUCAAGACAAAAAUAAGAGAUUGAAUAGAGGGACCUCAGCCAGGAAGAUAACAGGUGAAACUUCCAAGGAGAAUUUAGUGUCUAGUCACAGUCAAUCCAUAAAGACAGAGAGCAGUUGCCAUGACCCAGAGCCAAUUGUCAGUAUUGGCAAUUUUGUCAGGGAUAUUGCGGAAUGUGAUGACUCAAUAUCAGUAGAAAGCAUAGAUGCAGAACUUGUGUGCUUGAGUGAUCUUUACAGUGGAACAAGUAAUAGUUUUAGUGAUCUUGAGUCUUUAGGAGAUAGUCCUGAAAAUGAAUUGCCAAAAGCUAAGAAAAUGAAAGCAGGCAAAGACAGAUCUCACGAAAAUAAUUUAGUGGAAAAAGCUUCUCAUUUCUUACCAGUUGUUUGUUUAAAGGAUAUAAAUUCCUCCAAGAAGGGAAGCAUUAAGGACAAGAUAAAGUGUGGAUCAUACAUAGUUGUGAAACUGUCUUCGAAAAAAUCUGUCAAACAUUACUGUGCUGUUGUGAGAAACAAGAUUGAUAGUGGUGACUAUGAAGUCCAGUAUUUGGAAAGGAAAAAUCAGAGUGAAUUCAUCUUUCCUGAGAAGGAGGUUGUGUACAAAAUAGAAGAUAGUGACAUAGUACAGUUACUUCAGGAUCCUACAGUACACAUGAAAGGUCUAAGGCUUUACUAUUCAUUCCCUGGUAGUAAUCUAGAUAUGAUCAAGUCUUUUACAUAGAUGGAAAAAUUUUUCUUUUGUUUUUUUUCCAUUAACAAAUUGUUCUUCAACAAUGGUUAUUUAAUAGUAGAGUGGAAUAUGUGAUUUGCCAACCAAAAAUGUUUCCCUUAGGCUUUCACCGAAGAAAUAGAGUUAUGUUGAAAUUAUUCUUGUUUUCCAUUGAAGGUCCAAAACAAACUUGAUUUAACUUCAUUUUUAGUGUGUUCAUGCAGUAGGCAGACUUUGCAAAUUUAUUACUUUCUCAGGUAGAUAAUUAAUAUUUUUAUAUGUAUGGCUACAAAAAUAUUAUGAACUUUCCUCUGCCUUUCAUAUGGCUGUUUAGGAUUUUAGUAAUUUGUAAGUUUUUAUUUUAAUACCUUUGGGGUAUACUUUUGGAACUUUUUGUGCAAACUCAAAAACCUCUAAGUGGAGACAACUGGUUCCAAAGUGCAGACAGUUGUUUCCAACUGUGAAGAUAAGUUUUGCAAAAGAAUUUUAUUGUCAAGUAAUGACAAUGGUAUUUUAAUGGUAAAUUUUUAUGUCCUAUGAAGUUGACUUGUAUGUCACAUGUUCUAGAGUAGGAUUGAUCUUUUUGGGGUGUGAAUUUUUCUGUUUCCUUCAAGCUGUAUUCACACCCAGGUACAAACUUUGACUCGGUUAUCUAGGUAAACUACUUAAAAUUUAUGAUAAGAAAAAUGAUGGUAAUGAUGUAAAAAAGUUGGGUAUGUAAAUUGGAUUCCAAGCACUGUUUGCAGGAAAGUUAGGAGGAAUAAUUAUAAAUUUAAAUCUAGAAGACCACUUGCAUUUUGGGGAAAAAGCCACUUGCUUCAUUUUGCCGACCUUUUCAUUCAUUUCAACCAAGUCUUUCAAUACAAGGUUGUUUUAAGCAGGGACUGAUGAUGCAAAUGAGACCACUUCUGCUUCUUCCCCCUGCCAACAAGAUCUCAUUAGUUGUUGUGUUCUUGUUUCUGGUAUGAAUGUAUGUACCGUUAUAUGAUUAACAAGCUCAUUUUGUCCAUCCCACCUUGCAGUUAAUUAAUGUCACUGUUUGGGUUUUAUAUAUUCACAUUUGUUUGAGUAUUCAUCACAUAGUCAAUUUUUUUCUUGAUUAUUCUCAAGUUGGAUGACUUGACUUGUGUUGGCUGUAUGUACUUGUUUCUGUACGUUAGGUUUUGUUGAACCCAAAAAUUUUGACCUGUUUAUGAAGUUUCUUCAUCAGUUUAUUGUAAAUUUGUUACCAAGUGUCAAGAGUUACCAUAUGUCAGUGAUUGCAGGCAUUUUUCAAUACUGCUCUUGGCAACAGAAGAACCUUGCAAGUCUUCUUUUCACUGUUAUACUUAGCUGUGGAAGUUCAAGUAUCCUCAGACUUUAUUUUCUUCAACUGAGAGCACGGAAAAGUGGUUUCUAUGGUCUUUUUAAAUGUGAUAUGGUUUAUAUGUGGUGUGUAUUUUGUCAUUAUGGACUACCUAAUACUUUAUCAGUUGUUAGGGAAAUGUAUGCCAUUUUUCACCAGGAAACUGUUUUUUUUGUUUAAAACAUUUGAUCUGCUAAGAUCUUAGGUAUUUUGAGCAUUGCAGUUAUUACUUAAGUAAUCCUUCUCAUAACUUGGCUGAAUAUUUGUCUCCUUUUGGGUUAAAAGUUUCUUUGUAUCCUCUUUUAUUACAGUGAUUAUUUGGCAUGAUUUGCAUAGUUAUUGUAUUCAAAGUUUCCUGUAUUCCUUGUAUAGAUCGUGAUAAAAACCAAAUAAUGAUACUGUAGUAGUGUAAUCUAAUGGUCAGAGAUCCAGAUUACAAGAGGCACUAAAGAUGCCACCUCUCUUCACAGCCCAGGAUAGAUAAGUUAGCAGUAAAUAGACCAAACAAGUAAACAGUCUUUAGUACUACGUAUUAUUUAACUCUAAAAUAAUAUUUUACAUCUCGAUACAGUAUUGAAAAAAUAAAGCUCUUUGAAACAUUGGUUUUUAUUGAUCUACGUAGAUUGGAAAAUUGAAGCUUUGUGAAGCAUUUAUUUGUAUGCAUGGAAUUAAGUUGGUUGAAAAAGUUUGAAGAUUUCCACGCAUUCUCUUAGUAUGGCAGGAGAUUAAUCUGCAAGAGAAAUGAAUAAAUGUGACUCAGAAUCUUGGUUUGUAAGUAAAGUUGUCGAAGUUUGUGUUUGUUCUUUUUCUAUAUGAAUAUGCAAGUAAAAUUAGGUAUAAAUGAAAAUAUUUAAUGAUAUACAUGAUUGCAUGAUUUUUGGGAAUGUCGCAGAUGUAAACAGUGUAAAGUAUUUGACAUUUUAUGUAGUAUUUAUUUUAUUAAUUGGCCAACCCUAUGUGAGUUAAGAGUUUUAACUCUGUUGUAUGGUUGAACUUAGUGAUAGUUUCUUAAAUAUCUUUGUGCAGGUUAGGUUUUUAGUUAAAAUGAUAUUGUAGGUUCAGUAAGGAUGGGUGUUUAUGUAGUAGUUUAUUACUGUGUAGGAAGGUAUUUGUACAAGAAUUGUAGUUGUAAGAUGUGCAUUGUAGUGUAUUUGCAGUUUAUUUUGUAUUAAUAAUGAAGGCUCAAAGCUCUGCUUGAUAAUUGAACGAAGUUAAAUAUCUGUAGGAUUAAUUGUUUUACAGAUCCUCAGUGUUUUUGUUUUUUAAAAGCUGUAAUUUGACAAAAAUGUCUUUAAUAUGUUUAUGACACAGCAGAUUGUAUUACUGUAGCAUGGAUUCUAUAAUUGGAAAUACAAGCCAACACCCAUUUCAGAUCUAACCAAAGUACAGUUUGAAGUCAUGGUUAGUGCAAGUUCUUUUAAAGUUUACUUACUGAGUUUCUUAAAGUAGUUUUACUGCUGUAAGACAAGUGUACAGUACUUUUAUUAAUUUUGAAAUCUUAUAUGGGUAGAGAGUAGGACUUACGCCAUCAUUCUGGGUUACCUUACUACUGAGACAUGUUAUUAAAUGUCUGGGGAGCCCAUAUGAAGAAUGUAAAGGUCACAUAAACAGGCGAGAACUCUAGGGAGUCAAGAUGGGUUUAUGGGCCAUGAAAGACUGCUUGACAUCAAUAGCAAAGGCCCAUUAUAGCUCCUGAUUCCCGAGUUCUUUGCAGCUUCCCUUGGCCCCUAGUUGCAACCCCUUUCAUUCCUUUUAUUGUACCUCCAUUCAUAUUCUUUUUCAUCCUACUUUUCUCCCUCUCCUAACAAUUGAUUUACAGUGGUAUCUCGACAUACAAAAUUAAUUCGUUUCGAGGCGGCCUUUGUAACCUGAGCUUUUCGUAUCUUGAACCGCAUUUUACAUGUAAAUUGCCUAAUUCGUUCCAAGCCCUACAAAAACACCCCAGUAAAUUUUAUAAUAAAGCUAAAUUGACCAAUAAACAAUGAAAUACAACAAUUUGGACCAUUCAGUACCUAACUUAAUACAUACUACUAAUAUGUACUACAUAGUACCUGUAAAUAAAGUGUAUUAGUGUACAUGGUAUACAAGAAAUACUGUACGUACAUAUGUACGUAUGUAGUAAAAUGUGGAACCUUAAGUUUCGAGUGAGGCUAUCUCCAAAAGUGGCGACAGAGGAGGAGGACAAACGGCAGAAAACUUGUUAGUAUGUACACUUAACUUUACAAAACAUAUUAAAAAAUGUCAGGAAACAUAGUUAGUACUAAACUUUACGAAACACAUUAACAAAACCGUAACACUUAACUUUACUAAAAACUUAAAAUAAAAUUUUUUUAAAUUUAAUUUUACAUUUUUUUUAUACUUUAUUAUACUUUACGUUUUUUACACAAUUUCAAUUUCUUCACCAUUUUCAACUUUCUGUUUUUUUGUAGUAUCAAUUGGCUCAUCCUUUUUGCUUACUCCUACUAAAGGCCUCUUUAAAAAAUAACUAUCCAAGGAAGAUUGCUUCUGCCUACUUUUCACAAUGUUCCUGAAACGACUCAGGCAAACGUCAUCGAACUGCGCAAGCAUACGACCUGUGUAAGCCUUUUCGGGGUGUCUCUUUUCUACAAAUGAUUGCACCUUAUGAAAAGCAGCUAGAGCAUCCUUAAUUUUUGCCGUUGUCAUAGGGUCAUCCUCCUCCUCCUCGCCGCUGCUAGAGAACUCUUCUUGAAGGACGUUAUGUUGCAUGGCCUCCAACUCCUUCAGGUCAUCCGUCGUAAGCCCCUCUUGGUGCUCCUCGAGAAGAUCAUUGAUGUCGUCCUCGUUGACGACCAGCCCCAUGGACUUGCUGAAUGCAACGAUCUUGUCAAGAUCUGGUUGCGAAACAGUUUCAGGAUCGUCAACUCUUUCUGAAUCUGCAUCAGCCCUUGGAAGGUGUAGCUGCUUUGAUGGCUUCCUUCUGCUUAAGGAUGGUGCCUAUCGUCGACGGAUUUCAGCCGUAUUUCUUAGCAAUCACACUCAACCGCAUGCCAGCUUCAUAUUUUUUAAUGAUCUCCAUCUUCAUCUCCAUAGAAAGCAUCCUCUUCUUUCUGUGAACUUCAGCAACUUUCUUGGGACCCAUGAAUAUGUAUAUACUGUACGUAAUUAACCCUUAAACGCCGAAGCGGUAUUUUAAAAAUCGUCUCCCGUAUGCUGGCGGCGUUCGCGAGUGAGCACCGAAGCGGAAAAAACGUUUUUUCAAAAAAUCACAGCACGCUUAGUUUUCAAGAUUAAGAGUUCCUUUUUGGCUCAUUUUUAUGUCAUUGCGUGAAGUUUAGUAUGCAACCAUCAGAAAUGAAAAAAAUAUCAUUAUCAUAUAUAAAUAUUGGGAUAUAUGACAGCGCAAAAAAAAUUUCAUUUAUAAUUGUAUACAAAUCGCGCUGUGACCAAUACGGUUAAAGCUAACGAGUUAAUUUUUUUCGUUGUAUUGUACACUAAAUUGCAAUCAUUUUGGUAUAUAACUCAUUGUAAAACGAUCAAGGCAACACAGAAAAUAUUAUCACAAAAUGAUGCAUGAAUUCGUAACGCUCGGACGUAAAAAAAAGCUGUUUUAAAAAAUUCACCAUAAAUCAAAAUAUUGUGCUAGAGACUUCCCGUUUGUUGCAAAAUGAAGGUAAUUGAUUGAAUAUUACUAGACUGUAAGUGUUGUAGCUUACAAUUGCAGUUUUCGACCAUUUUGGUAGAGUUAAAGUUGACCAAAGGACGACUUUUUUCUAUUUAUCGUUAUUUAUAUGAAAAUAUUUCAAAACUGAAAAAAGCUACAACCAUAGGUUGUUUAUUGUUGUAUUCUACAUGAAAUUGCGCACAUUUUCAUAUAUAAAACUUUAUGUAACAGCUAAUUUAAAAUGGUGCAAACAUCACGACAAUCGGACGAAAAAAUUAAUGAUUUUUUCGGAAAAGUUACCGCUGGGGACGUAUUGAAAAAGUUUUUUCAUAAACUCACCAUAAAUCGAAAUAUUGUGCUAGAGACUUCCAAUUUGUUGCAAAAUAAAGGCAAAUGAUUGAAUAUUACUAGAAUGUAAUAGUUUUAGCUUACAAUUGCGUUUUUUUACCAUUUUGGUCGAGUCAAAGUUGACCGAAGGUUGAAAUUUUGGCACAUCGUUAUUUAUAUGAAAAUAUUUCAAAACUGAUAAAAGCUACAACCAUGGUUGCUUUUUGUUGUAUUCUACAUGAAAUUGCGCACAUUUUCAUAUAUAAAACUUUAUGUAACGGCUAAUUUAAAAUGGUGCAAACAUUACGAAAAUCGGACAAAAAAAUUUCUGAUUUUUUUCGGAAGAGUUACCACGCGGACGUAAGGAAAAUUUUUUUUUCUUCAUAAAUUCACCAUAAAUCGAAAUAUUGUCCUAGAGACUUCCAAUUUGUUGCAAAAUAAAGGUAAAUGAUUGAAUAUUACUAGAAUGUAAAAGUUUUAGCUUACAUUUGCGUUUUUUUACCAUUUCGGUCGAGUCAAAGUUGACCGAAGGUUGAUAUUUUGGCACUUAUCGUUAUUUAUACGAAAAUAUUCAAAACUGAUAAAAGCUACUACCAUGGGUUGUUUUUAGUUGUAUUCUACAUUAAAUUGAGCACAUUUCCAUAUAUAAAACUUUAUGUAACGGCUAAUUUAAAAUGGUGCAAACAUUACGACAAUCGGACAAAAAAAUUUAUGAUUUUUUCGGAAGAGUUACCGCGCGGACGUAAGGAAAAAGUUUUUUUUCAUAAAUUCACCAUAAAUCAAAAUAUUGUGCUAGAGACUUCCAAUUUAUUGCAAAAUGAAGGAAAAUGAUUGAAUAUUACUAGAAUAUAAGAGUUUUAGCUUACCAUUGCGUUUUUUUACCAUUUCGGUUGAGUCAAAGUUGACCAAAGGUUGAUAUUUUGGCACUUAUCGUUAUUUAUAUGAAAAUAUUUCAAAACUGAUAAAAGCUACAACCAUGAGCUGUUUUUUGUUGUAUUCUACAUGAAAUUGCGCACAUUUUCAUAUAUAAUACUCCAUGUAACAGCAAAAAUUAUAUCAAAGCAACGAAAUAAUUUCUGAGAUGUGUCACUGAUACUUUUUAGUGCGAGAAGAAAGAAAUUCGCGCUUGCGCGCCUGGGUAACGAUUGUAAACAAAACAACGCCAUGAUCCAUGAGUUCCCAGCAUCCCCCAAGGCGCUUGAUUCAAAAGUUUUUGCCUAGUAGGCCUAUAACUAUUUUUCCGCGAAUUUUUAAAAAAACUUUUUUUAUAUCGACGUACCAUACGUCCAAUCAGCACCCAACAGACAUUUAUAUCGACGUUUAAUAUGUCCAAUCGGCGUUAAAGGGUUAAGUUAUGUAGUAUACGUACGUACUAAAGUUCUCACGCAACACGAUAAAGUAGUACAGGCAGUCCCUGGGUUACGACGGUGUUGGCUUACGACGUUCCGAGGUUACAACGCUUGUCAAUAGACGUUAUUUCCAGGGUUACGACGCAUGUUCCAGGGUUAUGACGCAUGUUCCAGGGUUACGACAUCUACAACGCUCAUCUGGGAGAUGAAAUAUGACACCGAAAAUGCAAAAUAAUCAAUAUUUGAAGCUUUUUUUUGAUGAAAAAUGCCAUAAGAAUGCAGUUUACAUAGUUUUCAAUGCACCCAAAGCAUUAAAAGUAAGGUUUUCUUAGGAUUUUUGACGAUGUUUCGGCUUUCGAUGAUUUUCGGCUUACGACGCGUCUCAAGAACGGAACCCCUGUCGUAACCCGGGGACCGCCUGUACUACAAUGAAAUCACUAACGAAUUUACAUUAAUAAACGAAAUCGUAUAGAACGAACGAAUUUCGCGUGCGUACACAAAUGAUGCUGCUUCGGAGUGACCGAAGAACGCCGCUACGUUGAUGCACGAUGGGAGAGAUGCUGACCAAUAGGAGAGCAGGAUCUUAUGGUGGUGACUAGCAUCAGGAACCAAUGGGAGAGCGGUAGGAUGGUGGCGAGUCUAAACAGUUGGCGGCGUGCGAGUUUUAAAAUUGUUAUCGGUGGUCCGGGCGAAUCUCGGGACUAUACAGCAACAACCUUUCGUAACCUGAACUAUUUUUGUAUGUAGAGCCAAAAAAAUCUUCGUAUUUGCUUUCAUAACUUGAAUUUUUCGUAAGAUGAGGCUUUCGUAUGUCGAGGUACCACUGUAUAAUGCAACUGCAAGGUUUUCCUCCUGUAUCACCUUUCACACCUUUUUACUGUCAAUAUCCAUUUCAAUGUUGAAUGACCUCAUAGGUCUCGGCGGUUGGUCUUUGGCCUAAAUUCUACUAUAUUUUAUUUUACAAUGCUAAGGAAGCAACUCUCUAGACUGGUCCUAAUGAAAAUUUUAUGGUAGCAAGUCUUCAGACAAUAUCAUCCUGGCAUCCAGGUGCUUAUGCCAUCUGGCAAGCCAAGUGAACCAUUAUCUGUAAUUGGUGUCAGAGAAAUGUCCCUGAACUCUUACUGUUAUUUCAGGUGUAGAUUUCAUGUUUCUCAGACAUUCACAAUGGUGUCAGUCAAAGGCUACUAGUCGUCACAUUCAAGGGUACUAAAACGAAAAGUCUGAAUGCAUAGGCUCACCUGAUUUUAUAUUAAUGAAUUCUGUGGAUUAUAUAAUGAUUAAGGGUGGAGUUUAAAAGUAGUCUGGGAAAGCCUUAUCAAGGGAUCUUGCAAGGUGCUCAAGCAGGUAUUUAUUGCUUCAUGCUCUUGAAAUUAUCCCUUGUUUCUGUUUUGGCAGAAAGGCAAUGAAACUGCAUGUCUUCUGGUAGAUAUGACUUAGAUAAGAGGAUAGUUGUUAGUGAGAUUGUAUUCCUGUCGCCUUUGUCUAAUAAUAUCAAGAGCCAGAAAGUAAGAGGAUGUUAUGAAUCUGCAUGUUUACUACCUGCAUUAACAUAUUUCACUAGACAAUGAUAUUCUAUGUAUGUAAAAAGCACAAGUUCUGUCCAUCCAAAUCAUGGUACUGUGCUGUCCACAGUGCUCAGUGCUCUUUGUGUCCAAAAAUUUUCUUCAUGAAAUGUGAAAAAAAUUUACUGUGAAUGAGAGAAUGUUCCAGAGGUUAUGGAUCAGUCUCGUAACAGGACUAUGCAUCACACAAAUACUAUGCACAAGGUCAGAGCAUAAUGUGUUUUGUUUUGAAAAGGCACUGUCUUUUGCUGAAGUAUGAAUGUAAGUUGCUGGAGGAGAAACAUAAUUUUGCAGUGGUUUACCUCAGGGAUGUUAUCCAUCACUUGUAGAUGUUUUCAUUAGUAGUUGUAGGCAGGAAGACACACAGUGAAAAACUCAUCAUCUCUUUCUUCAAAAAGUAGAGGGCAGAUUAAUGUCAGAACCAAGUCUGUACUCAACAGAUGUUGUAAUUCAGUGGGAAAACUGAGCAGUGCAUUCCAAAUAGAUUAGCUUUCAAAGCAGAUGAAUGGUGGCUGGAUGCAUCCAAGGAUUAGAAUAAUUUUGGCAGUACUAGAAUUCUAAUAAAGUUUUGGGGCUCUGUACAAACUCCAAAUCUUCCAACAGGUGAGGUAAGUUGGUAAACCAUUAGAAUUGUCUCCUUACCUAGCUAGUGAAUUGAAAUACUAAGUAAAAAAGAGGUUUGUUUUGUAUUGAUGUCUGCAAAGUUUAGAAUCAUAACUGUUUUAUAGAUGAAGACCUGUCUUGGUGUAGACGUAUAUUUCUCUCAUCCCAUCCCAAUUAGCUCUCAUGUCUAUUUAGUGGUUCCUACACAGUUACAAAACUUUUAAAUAGGUUAGUUGUGGCCUGGUUAAAUGACUUAAUAUUAGGGAAGACGUUAACUCGCCUCACUUAAUGUAGGUAGGAAUUUGGUAGUUGGUUUGCCACAUCAUCUUAGCCUCAGGUCACAUGAGAAAUAAGAGGUCCAUAGCCACUGGGGACAAAAUUUGCUUUAAAUUUUGUAUUUUCAGUGGGGGCAGCAUUGUUCACCUCUAACUUCAUUUUUGUUUCAUGCAUAAUGAUAGAUGUAGUCACUCCAUAGUACGUAUAACUGAAAAACUAAAAACUGAUGACUACAAGAAAUUCUCGAUUAUAUGGUGAGGGAGAAAAAAUAGAACUUGUAUUGUAUACUUAUGAAAUCUUUUUGAGAAUGUAAAUUAUGACAAUAUAAUAUACUAUAAAUGUUGAGGUCCAGUCUUGUUUACUACUUUAAAAAAGUUCUCGGUAAUAACAUUCAUAUGACAUGUAACUUUUCUAGUUUUAUGUUUUGCACUUUUUAGUCUGUUUAUAUACAGUAUUUCCAAAAUAAUUGAGUGUUACUUGACAAGUGUGCUUUUGAAAAUGCUGCCAAGUUUUUCAUUGCUAAAUACCUGAAUUCCUCGAUUUGUCUUCCUGAAGACAGAUAUGAUUGGUCUUCUGGAAUUGUAGGUGGUGUAGGUGUAGGUCUACUGAGUUUCAAAGUUAUUCCUACUGCUUAUGAUUUAGGUACUAAGAGAAAGUAAGGAGCAUGAUCAUUUAUCUCAUUUACAAGCACUAGGAGUAUUUUGCGUCAGGUGAUAUGCCAGCUCCAGAGAUGCUAGGCAUCAGUUACAUUAGUUUGGUUUGGCAUCCAAUAUGUAUGUUAGUGUUUAAAUAUGUAGCAGUCAUGUGUUUGCUUGAAAGGAAAUUGUAAAUGAUGCCAUUAUUGGCAAUUAUAUGAUUAGGUGUUUAAAAACUUGUAAGAACUCAGACCAGUGAACAGUACUAAAGUCACUUGUAUUCUGGAGGUUUUGAGCUCAUAGGGUUGUUUGUCUCAGUCAUAAAUGCACAAACAAGUGUAAUGUCACUCUGCUCUUUUUGGGGUUCUUUUGUAUCUUUGGCCUAGUACUACUUUUGUAACUUUCAGGUAACAUCUUGAAUUAUCAUGACUUGAGAAACAUUUUGUAAAGAAUUAACAUGAUAGUAUAAGUAGUUGUUUCCAAAAGUUGGAUAUUUUAGGUAUGACUUUGUACAGAAUAUAUUUUUUCUUAUUUUGUGUCGAACUGAAACCUUGUUUCAUCAGGUCUCUCAUGUGAAAUCCCAGUGAGACUGUCUCGAAUAUAUUAAUGAUAAAGAAUAGGAGAACUGGUAAUGAUGUCCUUGCUUACUUUUUGUGCCUGUUCGGGCUCAAAGAAAUACAUGGUAUUCAUGUUAAAUGAGUUUCAAAAUUGGUGUCCUAAACACCAUUAUCAUCAUCACCUCCAAUGCUGCAUGACAGAAAGGGCCUCCGUGAAAUUCCACCAUUCAUGCCUUUAUUGUGCUCCGUCUUCCACAAAUCUCCUCUCCCCUUCAUCUUCUUAUCUCAGUUCUCAUCCAGAUAGGUUUGGGCCCUCCAACUCCUCAGGUCCUCAUGAGAGACUGGCUGAAAAUGUUUUGUAUACUAGCCAUUUCCAUAAUCCAUUCAAACAUUGCUUCAUCUUCAUAUGUAACAUCUGUAAUGGGAAAUACCCUCUACACCAAUGACUAUUAUUUUGAGAAGUGCUGUUAAGAGAUCCUGCAUAUAAAAGAUUUAUCCCAGCUGAGAAGUUAGGAGGCAAGAGAAUGUGCAAAAUUGAAGGCAGUUGCUGUGCUAUGACUCAAUGGUCUGGCUAACUUACCUGAUACUAAUAUGCAUAUUUGGCAGUGCAGAAAGGAAGAGAUUUCUCUUUUGGAUAUCUGUUCUUGGUAUGGUAGUGCCAGUAACUUGUAGAAUAACUCCUGCGGAUUGCUAUCCACGAACUGGGAGGGAAUAGAAAACGAUGCUAAUCAUUCAUCAUGCACUGAGGGAUUUUGAGUCUUUGCCAUGAAUUCUGGGACAAAUUCAAAGGUCACAGACACCCAACCCCUGGUGUGUUUAACAUCAUAACUCAGGGAUACCUCAGGAGGUCAUCAACAGUUUACCAUGGCAAGUGGGCUGUCUACUGUGGUGUCGUCGAUGGGGUUGCUCUCCACUCGGAACUUCUGUUCAGCGAAUAGCAGAGUUUCAAGCAAUCCAAGAGAACCCAAGCCUCUGACGUGGGAUCUUACUCUUGUUCUGAGUAAUCUCACUUGAGCUCCAUUCGAGCCGCUGCAUUGAUUGUCAGACAGAGAUCUGACUCGGAAGACAGUUUUCCUUUUGGCUGUACCUUCCUCGUAGAGAGUUGGAGAGCUUCGUGGCCUGAGUUAUGGUGUUAAACAUACUUGGGGUAGGGGGUCUGUGGUGUUUGAAUUUGUCCCGAAAUUCGUGGCUAAAGAUUCAAAAUCCCUCGGUACAUGGUGAUAGAUGUGCCUUGUUUUCACUUCCUUCCCUGAAUGAAUUUGAGGAAAGUGAUCCACAGGAGUUAUUGCUUGUCCCGUCAGAGCUGUAUUGCUAUCUAAAAAGGACUCGUCACCUAAGGCCUAGGUGUCGUAAGCUUUUUGUAGGCAUGGGCCAAACUAAGAAAGAAGUGUCCAAGAAUACUGUUUAAUUCUGGCUUUGUGAGGUGAUAAACAAUCGUACUGCUCACCUUCAAGUUCUGUCACAGUUACUUUGCAUGUGCGAGCGACAUCAGAGGAAUGGGUUCCUCUCUGGCUUUUAAAAAGAACUUGUCUGUUCAUAGGAUUUUGAAUGCUAGUUUUUGGGUUUGGCAAACCACUUUCACUUCCUUUUACCUGAAGGGCAUUGCCCACAAGUUUUUGGAUACUUUUUCAUUGGGUCCG